AUGCCCAUACCGCCAGCCAUGAAGCAACGACAGAAGGUGUAUAUCGCAGUGAUGGGGGUGACUGGGUCGGGGAAGAGCACCUUUAUCCAGGUUGCAACUGAGUCCUCGGAUGUUCAUAUUGGACAUUCGUUCAAAUCUUGCACUGCAGCUGUUUCGGCUCAUACAUUUUCCAUUGAUGAAUACGAUAUCACCUUGAUCGACACGCCUGGAUUCAAUGAUACAUUUCGCAGCGAGACGGAGGUUCUAAAGGAGAUUGCCAACUGGCUCGAUUACACCUACCGAAACCCUCCUCAUGUUAUGCUCACGGGCAUCAUUUACAUGCAAUCGAUCACCGAUCGUCGGAUGUAUGGCUCUACCCUUCGAAAUUUAAAGAUGUUUCGACAACUCUGUGGCGAAAGCCCCCUACGCAAUGUAGUAUUCACAACCACCGGCUGGGGUACAGCUGAAAAGGCCGGAGACCUCGCCAAAGCACUUGAAAAUCAGGAAUCGCUUCGUAGCGACCCUGACUUCUGGGAGCCUAUGAUCAGAAGAGGGUCAAUUAUGGCUAAAUUCGAGGAUACUCGUUCUUCUGCCUUGGCUAUCAUUAUGAGUAUUGUUGAGCGAAACCCCAUCCUCCUCAAAAUCCAGGAGGAAUUGGUUGACGAAAACAAGAACCUCAUCGACACUGCGGCUGGCCAUACUGUCAACGAAGAAAUGAAGAGACUUGAAGAAAAAUACACCCAGGACAUCGCCAAGGUCCAGAAAGACAUGGAGGAAGCACUCGCUGCUCGCGACACCGAAUACCACGCAGCUCUACAGGAGGCCAAGGAGAAUUACGAGCGACUCCGUGAUGAAGCCCAACGAGCUCGAGACUCUCUACAGUAUGAGCGCCGGAAUGAGAAGAGGCGUCUUACUAAUGAGAUCGAGGGUAUGAAGCGACAGCUUGAGCGAGACAAGAAGAAACACGAGGAGUACCUGGAGCUUAAAUUCAAGGCCCAGCAGAUUGAUGAUGAUAUGAAAUAUGAAGAAAUUGUGAGAAAGCUCCGCAUGAACGGUCACCUUCUGCGUGACGAGGAACGACAGCUCUUAGAAAUUAAAAUCCAAGAGCUGGAAGCUGCAUCGGCAGGUCCUGGAAAUAGCAACAGUGGUAAAAAGAAGAAAGGUAGGGGAACAAAGCUCCUGGUUGGAUUAGCACAAGUCUUGGGAAGUGUGACGAUGGGUUUACUCGGAUUCCCUAUGCUAUUUGGAGAUCCCAUAGGGACUAUUGCCUCCAUUUUUUAA